GGGACUGAAUCUACAACUGAGGUAAACUGGGAAGCCGACUCGAGUUCAGAGCUGGCCUGUGGCUUGGCCUCUGAUUAGGAGCUCCUUCUCCUGCAGGUGGCAUUUUCCUGAAAUUGUUCAUUGAGAGUUCCCAGCAUUCCUGCAGAUACACUAGGUGAGGCCAGCGGCGCUGCGAGCGAGCGACAUGGCAGCAUGACAGCCCGGACGCUGGAGGGAGGCUGUGGGAGCGAGUGCCCCGCAGCAGCGACUUCCCUCUGAGCCUCCUUCCCCACCGGCUUCUUUCAGUGACCCCGUGGACUGCUGCCUCUUUUUCCGCCUUGAACAUCAAUAUGUGUCAUGUCAUUGUCACCUGUCGCUCGAUGCUCUGGACCCUCCUGAGUAUUGUGGUGGCUUUUGCAGAGCUCAUUGCCUUCAUGAGCGCAGACUGGCUGAUUGGGAAAGCCAAGACCCGCGGCGGCGCGGAGCCCGAGGAGCCGAGCGGCGGCCCCGCCGAGCCCCACCACCCGACGCUGGGCAUCUACGCCCGCUGCAUCCGCAACCCCGGGGUGCAGCACGUCCCGCGGGAGACGCUGUGCGGGCCCUACGCCGAGAACUUCGGGGAGAUCGCCAGCGGCUUCUGGCAGGCCACUGCCAUCUUCCUAGCUAUGGGCAUCUUCAUCCUCUGCAUGGUGGCCCUGGUGUCUGUCUUCACCAUGUGUGUGCAGAGCAUCAUGAAGAAAAGUAUUUUCAACGUCUGCGGGCUCUUGCAAGGGAUUGCAGGCCUGUUCCUUAUCCUCGGUUUGAUCCUCUACCCUGCUGGCUGGGGCUGCCAGAAGGCCAUUUCCUACUGUGGACACUAUGCAUCGGCCUACAAACCCGGAGACUGCUCCUUGGGCUGGGCCUUUUAUACUGCCAUCGGUGGGACAGUCCUCACCUUCAUCUGUGCCAUCUUCUCCGCACAAGCAGAAAUUGCAACCUCCAGUGACAAAGUACAGGAGGAAAUUGAAGAGGGGAAAAACCUUAUCUGCCUCCUUUAAUUUGGAAGAGACAACAAUGCCAUUUUCUUCCUUGUACAACCUUAUGAAACAGUCCACCUUGGUUUCGUCGUUUGAGUCAAAUGAAGAACUAGCCUUUCCCUACCAAAGCCACAUUCCACAGCCCGAGCCUUAACAGCACCAAUGAGAGGCAACAUCGAGCUCAGCAAAGUGACUGUACAUUGUAAGAGAUGGAACAUGAAAACAUACAUAAACCCUGACAUUAACUGACACGUUCUGUCAGAUUGCGUCUCCCCCAAGGCUCAGUGAAGGAUAAUGAUCUUGACCCUAAAAGCAGCAUUUCUCUGGUGACAGAAGAGACUGUCAGCCAGAUUUGCAGGCUGUUCUGAGCUAUGUUUCUGCCACAAGGCUGUGAGCAUCUCUGACUUAGAAUGAUGUAUUGGGGCUUGUGUUUCCUCCCGGUUCGUUCAGGCUGUCUCAGUUGGAGACUACACACUUACUGGGGACAGGAUGUGUGCUAAAGGGCAUAGCAAGACAUGCUCUCUUGCUUAGCUCACCAAAGGGGCUGAGCAGGGACUGUGGAACUUAUUCGAGGCAGAAUUCUGGGUUCAGGUGAAGCACAUGAACGGUCUCUAAGAUUAAAGAAAGAAUAAGGGCCUAUAAAAUCAUGAGAUUAAAAGUACAAAUCCUGCUAAUGGAAACAAAUUCAUUCUGCUUCCCAGCAGCCAAGCUAGCACCAGGGCUGGCCCAGGCUCCUCUUCCAGCAGAGACCGCGUGUUUUCUCUAGGGCUGGGAUGGUGCCGACUGCCCAGGGAAACCUCGCUGUUCCCAUUCCAGGGACAGAGGUCUCCAAGCCAGCUGUGGCUCAUUCAGAUGAUCACUGGGAGAGCCUGCCAGAACCUCAGCACUUGUGGGGACACCUUUCCCACUGUUUGCUGACCACGCUGUAGUCAGCUAUAUUUUCAGCCCCAACAGCAGCAAAAUGCCAUUCAGUGCAUAAAAAAGGAGCUAAUCAUGGGAGUUAAGUGUUUUUUUAGGUGUUGAUCCUGAAAGCAGACUGAAAUAACAUUAAAAUGCUGCAAAUGGUGAGCUGCAUCAAAGGCUUCAUCCCCAGGAAAACAGAAUAGAAAGUUCAUGCAGAGAAAGACUGCUAGACCAAGCUCAUAACACCUGCCUAUACCUGUUUACAAAAACAAUCAACUACCACUCUUAAAAGGGUCCAGGCACUUUUAUCUAGCUUCUUAAAUUACCAAUGUCAUUGAUUCAGAAAAUGGUAUUAGCCAUCACCUCAAAUUUACUUUGGAGUAAUCAAAGUGGCCAGAAAGAGCCUAGUCUGGUAUUACCCUUAAGGUAAGAAUUGCAGAAUGUUACAGAAACACUCCAUAACAACUUAAGCAAGUGGAAUGGACCUGCCAGAUUUCUGGAAGGAUUAGGUCUCUUUGGGCAAGAUAUUGUGUGCUAAGUGCCACCAGACAUAGAACUCUGGCUCAGGUUUUACAACCUUGCCCAAUGUGUGUCUCUUAAAUCUGUGUGAGUCUGAAACCAUGCCUGGGUGCAGAAAAACUAUUAGCUUUAUGCAUCAAUGGAAGGGCACAACUAAAGUUUUCCUCUCUUCUGGCCUAUACCAGAAACCAUCUUUCCUUAUAGGUUGAGAGCUAAGGCCAGGAGGGGCAGGGGUGUGGAACUAGGCCUUAAUGAGUUCACCAUUCUUAGUCCAAAUUCAGAAUAAGCAAAAUGUAAAUCCUGUGCCUUUCUUUGACUAGAGAAGGGGUAAAUACAUGUCCCCAGCAGCCUAGGUUAAGGGCUCGGGAAACAUUAACCCUCUCUGAUACCACAUAGGAACAGCUUUUGGCAGCCACUGGGCUGGGCUCCUGAACCUGAUGGAGUGUUAAUAUGCUCUCACCCAGUCCUGAUGCCACCACAGCAACUUUUAAACCCUGGCAAUAAUUUUCAUUUAAAAAUAGCAAUUCACUUCAUCAGGCAAAUUAUCUUGAUAAAAACCUUUUCUUUUUCCCCCUAAAUGUAUCAUCAGAAGAUUCACUUUUUUUUUUUCCUGUAUAAGAUGGAGAACUCAUUUUCUAACACUAAUUUUACAUUCUCACCCUCCAUACAGACAAGUUGUCAUAAGCCUGGAGGACUCUUUGAGCAAUUCCUCAUCUCUACUUCCUGACUGCUCUUUGGCUAAGGGGUAGUAUAUCCCUAGAUCACACAUAACAAAAAUCACAAGUGAAAAUGUGACCUCUCUCAGCCAGAAGAAAGUCACUUGACAAUGUCUACUUCAUUAGUCUGAAUGCCACGAAAGACAAAAGCACAUGCACAUAAAACCCAAAACCACUAAAGUUACUCAAACACUUAGCAGAGCAGAGAAACAGAAAGAGGUAAUGUUGGGCCUUUUAGACCUUCAGUCCAUUAGCCAGGAUUUGGUUGGGAUGAAUGGAACAUCCAAAAUCAUGCUAGUCUAGACCAAAACUGCAGUGCUGAUGAAAAACCACUGAAUAUGGGGAAUAUGUUGAAAGAAAUGUGUUAAAAAUAAUUAGACUGAUUGUUGACCCACACCUAUUUUUCUAAUAAAUUUCUAUCAAUCACCUAAUCACCUCAGUCUAAAAACCUAAUAUACCUGGACCAUUAUAACUACCAGAAAAGUCUUAUUUAUUUUUGCCUGCAUUUGUGCUUAAAGUUUUGUGAUGGGCUGGGCUUCUCGAUGAACUCCAAGAAGGCAGAAAUAUUUGCCUUGGAUUCUGUGGAUUCUUUAAACCUGUGUGCUGAUUCAACAAUGUUACAUUAACUGUGUAAGGGUUUCUGUAUAGUUUUCAAACAUCUGUGGUGUAAUGAUCUCUGUUAAAACAUGUAUUCUGUAAAGUGCCAUAGUCUUUUUUUAUGUGUAGCAUAUUUAAAUAUAUAUAUAUAUUAUACAUACACAAGUCUGUGUGAAAGAUGUGCAAUAACAAAGGUGUAUGUAUGUUUUGUUUUUUGGAAACUGGACAGGCGUCAGAACAGGGAUUGUUUCUGUUUUGGCAAAGGAGAGUUAAACAGUUUUGCCAUUAUGGCCUAGUAUUUAACCCAUAAUGAUUUUAAUGCUACACAAACCUAUGUGAAGAAAAGACUGGUAUGAAAUAAUUUUUUUCUGGGUCUAAAUUAAAAUAAUCACUAGAUUUAUGUGAACGUUAAGCUGGCAAGCCAGGCCCAGUUAAUGCUAGUCUUUCAUGUGAAAUGUGAAGCUGCCCUAUGCCUUUUCUGUUAGUGUGAUAACUAGUAGCUGGUACAUAAUCACUAAGGAGCUAUUUCUUAACAUGCUUUGAUAAACCAUGUUAAUGCUAGACCACUAUUUAAGGGCUGAUCUCACACCUUCUUAGCCAUAAGAGUCUGACUUAGAACAGACCUCUCUGUGCAAUAACAUGUGGCCACUGGAAAUCCCUGGCCUGCAUUUGUAUUUGGGCAGCAGUGACUCCCAAGGGCCAAAAGAGUUAAAGGCACGACUGGGAGUUCUUCUGAGACUGUGUUGAAACUCCUUCCAAGACUGGGGGGGAGGUCAUUAGGUGCUUCGGAAGAACUCAGCACCACUUGAUAUUCAACAGCCACUUGAGCCAAAUAUAAAAUUGUAUUUACCGCUGAUGGACUCAAUUUGAGCCUUCAAAUUUGUGGUUACCCUAUUAUACUGUAAACUAAUACAUUGUUUGUCUAGCAUUGAUUAGGUUCCUGUGCAUAUGUAUGUUCACAACGUGCUCCGCUCCUUUCCCCAGAUCUGAAUUAAACCAGACUUU